UUGUUCCCAAAGUAUCACAAUGUACUUCAAAAAAGUUAGUAGUGUUAAGCUGGAAAUAUAAUGGAGAUAUGAAGCUGCACAAAUAAAUUAGCAGCAGAUUUAGGGUUCAACCAGGAAGGGUGUAGAAGAGUGGAGUUUGUUUAGCUCUCGAAGAACAGAGAAAUUCAGCUCAAGUGAACAGAAUCGCCGCCGGAGAGAAAUGUCGGAUUAUAUGCAAAAAGAAUUGAUGAAUAAGAUCUUCACAAGAUUACCAAUCAAUUCAAUCCUUCGAUGCACAAGUGUUUGCAAGUCAUGGUUCAGUUGAAUAAGCGUAGAGAUGAUCAAUCACCAAGUAAAUACGGACGAACACACUACUUUCAUGUAGACUUAAACUAUUAAAAAUUAGGAUACAAGUGACUUGGUACUAUUGAAAGUUGCACGAAUCUUAAGAGAAGACAUACAUGUGCAACGCACGUGCGGUGAAUCUAAUAAAGGUAAUAAAAGGAUACAAAUAUUGACGUCAAGAAUAUUUUGGGGCCAAUAGAUCAAUAAAGGACAUUUCUUUAUCAGUUUUAACCUUUUUUGUUCCCGAAAGUACCAUUGUACUUGAAAAAAGUUUUGUGCUAAACUAGAAAUAGAUAAUCCUGGUCAAAUAAAUUAGCAGCAGCUUUUAGGGUUCAACCACGAAGGUGUAGAAGAGUGGAGUUAGUUUUUUUUAGCUCUCGAAGAACAGAGAAAUUCAAUUCAGUUGAACAGAUUCGCCGAGGCAGAGAAAUGUCGGAUUAUGUGCCAGAAGACUUGAUGAUUAAGAUCUUCACAAGGUUACCAAUCAAAUCAAUCCUUCGAUGCACAAGUGUUUGCAAGUCAUGGUACUCUCUUCUAACUAGCCCUAAUUUUAUCUUUACGCAUCUCAAUCGGAAACAAGAUGAUCACAUCCUGAUUCAGAAUUACGUUGGAAACUCAGAAAUAUAUAUAUAUGCUUUAUCUCGUUAUAAUGAGAAAUUGGAUCAAAAUAACCACUUAGAUUAUUCAUUUAAGUGCAGUAAUGGUGUCGUUACUAUUGUGGGCAGUUGUAAUGGGAUUGUGUGCAUUGCUGCUGCCGACCAAUUGAAUUACUUGAAUCAUUUCUACUUUUGGAACCCAGCUAUCAGAAAGCCUGUAGAACUCCCAGACCUAGGUUAUACAUGUGAGAAAUGUGAUACAUUUGCUUAUGCGUUGGGGUUUGGUUAUGAUCAUGUUACCAAUGACUACAAGGUGGUAAGAGUAGUACACACUUGGUCUCAUCCGUCGCCACCUCAUGUUGAUCUUUAUAAGUUAAGCACUGGUGUUUGGGAAGACAUUAGUCAUGUCUCUCUGUCUUACCUAUUCCUUGCCAGUACAUCACAGGCAUAUGUGAAUGGAGCUUCUCAUUGGAUUGCUUCCAAAUGGGAUGUAUCAUCGUUGGUGAGUGUGAUUGUUUUAUUCAACAUGCAUGAUGAGACAUUCUCAGAGAUGAUAUUGCCGAGUAGUUUAAUCAAUGAGUCACGAUCAUUCUAUGAUGAAAUGUUCCUUUUUGUGUCAGAGGAAUCUCUUUGUUUGGUUGAUAAUAACUAUGACAAACGCAAACCUAUUGAUAUUUGGAUGAUGAAAGAGUAUGGUGCACCAGACUCAUGGGUGAAACAGUUCAGCAUCCAAAAUAAUCAGUUUGCACAACAUAUUCCUCUUCGUGAUGACAUUUUCUGGACACCUUAUUCCGGAAGCGCUGCUCCAACUGAGCUUGAGAUUGCUAAUGAGUUUCUGAAGCCAAUGGCUAUAAGAAAAAAUGGUGAAAUCUUAUGGGAAGGUAACCGAAGAUUAUUGGUUUCAGUUGAUCAUACAGGUGAAAGGUUUAAAGAUGCCGACGUUGGUAACUUAUCAAAUGAUUGGUGUUACAAUCCGCGUUAUGUUAGUUAUUACAAAGAGAGCCUUGUUUUACCUGAUAGAUGGACAAAUAAUUGUGUUGGAGAUGCUUGUGAGGAGUCAUCCAAUUUAUGGAAGAGAGAGCCCAAAGAUGGGAAAAGAAGGAUCUCAAGGGCAAAAUCUAAAUAUAGAAUGCGGAUUGCAUCUCUUCUGCACAUGAGUGGAUUGCUUUACGUGUCAAAAAUGAAAGGGAAAUGGUUGAGGAAGAAAGGAAGGAAGAUCAAGCAAGUCAAAGAUCCUUCAUGGUCCAAUUAAUUAGCUAUGUUGCACUUGAAGUCCUUUAGCUCAGGUUCAGUCUGACAAUGAAGACCUCUUGUGAUGUAUUGAAAGGUCAAAGCUUCCCUGAGCCAGAAGCGUGUGGCACAUUUAAUACUCUAGGUUACUGAGCUUCCCUCAUUUCCCGCUUUUGACGUAGGAAGUCUUCAUUCUAUCUAUACGGAAGGUUCAAGAUCAGGUGCUUGUAAUAAAAACUGCAAUACGGCUAAGCCGUCCAUUACUAAAGAAUUCUGCAUGUGUGACCACUGGAUCUAACCAUAAGCUAAUCUAUAGGUCCUUUGAUAGCACAACCAUUGUUGAACAAGCGAUAUUUCAUCAACGAGCUCUUAGAUGUUGGCACAACGGCUUGUUCAGCAAUGAUUCUGCUGCCAAGUGAACUUUGGUUGACACCGGCUCAACACUCUUAAGUUGUUCAUCCCAUCAGCUAUCACAGAGUUUUUAUUCCACUGAUAUGCCUUUCAUGUCUGCUGCACCCAGAACAUUGUUGCUCUAACACAGAGAAGAGCUUUCUUACUCUUUCCUAUUCGUUUGUUCUUUCAAUUUCCAUUUUUUUUGUCAAAUUUGGUUUUUUCUUCUCAGAUUGCUCAGCUGAAGUAGUGCUCUUAACAAAAGAAAGGCAAAACAAAUAUUGGUUCUUAAUAGGAAAAGCAAGUUCAAGCUUUUAUUGUUUUAGGUAUAUUGGGACCUAACAGUACCACAGAUGUUGUCUGGGCUAUUGAUACAAAAGUGAAAACCAAAUGAAACUGAUCCCAGAUGCUGUUCAUGACGAAUCACUUUGUCUGGUUGAUAAUAACUAUAAUCAAAGUAAACCUAUUGAGAUUUGGAUGAUGAGAGAGUAUGGUGCAGCAGAUACAUGGUGAAGCAGUUCUGCGUUAGUUCUCGUCACUUUACACACAACUAUUAUGAUGUAAGGUGUGAUCUAGAUGAGCUUGUGGUUACUCAUAAAUUGGUGAAGCCAAUGACUAUAAGGAAUAAUGGUGAAAUCAUAUGGAAAGUGAGCUGUAGAUUAUUGGUUUCAGUUGAUCAUGUAGUUGAAAAGUUUAAAGAUGUGUGGUUACUCAUAAAUUGGUGAAGCCAAUGACUAUAAGGAAUAAUGGUGAAAUAAUAUGGAAAGUGAGCUGUAGGUUAUUGGUUUCAGUUGAUCAUGUAGUUGAAGAGUUUAAAGAUGUUGGCCUUGGUCACUCUACAAAUGGUUGGUGUCACAUUCCGCAUUAUGUCAGAUUAUUACAAAGAGAGCUUAGUUUUACCUGAUAAAUGGACAGAUAAUUGUGUUGGAGAUGCUUGUGAAGAAAGAAAGAAAGAACAAAAGCUCUUUGUUAACUAAUUAGCUAUAUUGCACUUGAUUUACUGACUUUAGCUAAUGGCUAUGUUUUGGCUUUUGGCAAAUGUAUGAACAGUUGUAGUGGACUUGAUUACUUGAGUUCUGCAUAUUCUAUAUAUGAAACAGCCACAAAUUUAUAAAAAAGGUUUAUUUGUGCAUA